AUGGCUAGCUUAUGGCGAGCCGUGAUGGGCGAUUCACCGCCCAACGCCGACGACUAUGACGGCGUCGAGUACUGGUUAAAUCCCGAGCGCACCGGCUGGCUCACAAAGCAAGGUGAGUACAUCAAGACCUGGCGUCGCCGUUGGUUCGUCUUGAAACAAGGAAAGGUCUUCUGGUUCAAAGAGUCCAUCGUUACCCGCGGCUCCCGUCCACGUGGUGUGAUUCCAGUGGCCGCCUGCCUGACAGUGAAAGGAGCCGAAGAUGUCAUCAACAAGCAGUUCGCUUUUGAGCUCUCGACCCGAUCCGAUACUAUGUACUUCAUUGCAGAUUCGGAAAAAGAGAAGGAGGAUUGGAUCAAUUCGAUCGGAAGGUCAAUUGUUCAGCUCUCGAGGUCUGUCACUGACAAAGAGAUCGUUGAUUAUGAUAGCAACAGAUGA